AUGGACAUUCAUUUUGUCACAGGGAAAGGUCUUGGGAACGUCAGCAUCAUGCGUAUUUUGUACCGCAAUCUCUGGAGCAUCCAGGCAGUACUGGCCAAUGCGGUGAACAACUAUGUUGAGCGUAGCAGCGAAUGCCGUAGUGUGCGAGAGGCAGCGUUCCUUUGUUCUCCGCCCUUCAAGUUUCACAGACAGCGUCAAGCAUGUUUAAAGGACCUGGUGUCUCUCUACAACAAUGAAGAGCAGGGCAUGAACCAGAAGACGAAGACAUCGCUUGGACAUGCCAGUAGGCUUCUUCCGCAUCACACCAUCUAUACUCCGAAAGAUGCUGCGAUCGAAACGACGGAGGGAGACCACCGACCCCAGUCCUUUGAUGACCUGCUGAAUGCAGUUGAUGAAGAAACUGUCUGUACCGAACAUUCUUCUGCAAUAGAUGAAGUGCACCACUGUGACCCAGUCACUCAGGCAGAUAAUGAGCCAUUUCUUGUGGAGGCUUCCACAAUGACAGAGGACUCAGUAGAAACCUCAAAGCUUCUGUUCUUCUGCUGUGAGAAGGAUGGAGACGGUACUGCCACUCAAAUUGAGAGCGUGCCAACAGUGGACGUGGGGACUGCGUGCCCAGGUGUGCAGUACGGGACGAAGGGCACCGGGACCAUCUACAAGGAAGUGUAUUUCGGUGGCUACAAGUCUAUCGUAGAUGAUGAACAGCGGCUACUGGACCUUACAGGCGUGACGCUCGUGAUCCUGGCCAUCCUACGGAGCCUGCUUCCAGACAGAUGCCGCCACCCUCGUGAACUUGACAUCAAUGACAAACUCAUACUCUUUCUAAUGAAGAUGAAGCACGGCCUGCCAUUUUCCUGUUUGGCGUCACUUUUCGGCAUUCACCGCACCACAGCAGCGAAAAUAUUUAAGUCCAUCCUUCUGAAGCUGUGUGCGGCAACGAGGUCGUGGCUGUUCUGGCCUAGCAGGGCUGCUAUACGAGCAACUAUGCCGCCUAGUAUUUCACUGCUGUACCCAAACUGCAGGGUCAUCAUUGAUUGUACUGAACUGAAGGCUGAAACACCACCAGGUGUGGAGGCACAAAAUAUGUGGUACUCCCACUAUAAAGGGACAUACACAAUCAAGUACCUGGUAGGAAUAGCACCGAAUGGCCUGGUCACCUUCCUCUCCCCAGGAUUCGGAGGGAGGGCCAACGACACUAGCGUCACAGUUGAAGCUGGUGUGUUGCCACUGUUGGAACCAGGAGACCUUGUACUCGCUGACAAAGGCUUUCCCGGAAUCCGAACAGGUGUUGGACAGCAAGGAGCUACACUAGUUAUGCCUCCUUUUGCAACCAAGCCGCAGUUCACUGAGGCAGAAGCAGAUGCCACCUACGAUACUGCAUCUGUACGAAUCCACGUGGAAAGAGUCAUACAGAGGCUACGCAUAUUUGAUAUUUUAAAUACAAGAAUUCCCCAAGAACUUGCCAUGUACAUGGACAAAAUUAUGCACAUAGUAUGUGUGCUAACUAACCUCAGGCCUGGAAUAUUUCGAAAAGUGCAGCCUACUGUCGAUGACACACAGUGAUGUAGCAGCCACAAAUCAUACAUGAAGUGAAUACAGCAGUUAUUGUAAUUAGCUUUCCUUUCGGCAUUUUAAUUGUGUGGCAGC